CCCCGCGCCAGGACAAGAUGGAAGAAAGCAGCGACCGCCGGAGAACAAUGUUUUGGCAAUAAAACCCCGAAUCAGUGAAUACGGACAGUAUCUAUGUACGAUUUAACUUAAUUGCGAACAUGUGUAGGAUUUCAAUUUCCUGCAGUUCGCUGUAGCAUUAUCAGCUGCCUUCUGUCUGAAGUUUCCAGCACCACCAUGAGUAUUAUCCAGGACAAAUUAGGCAAUGAGUUUUUGCGCAACGGUGGAAUGGAUCCCAAUUUUGCACCAGGCAUGCUCAUGUUUAGCCACUUGCCUCCAGUCACCAGCUUUACACGACUGGCUUCCCAAUCGGUUAUGAACGAACUUCCACAGGAAAUGAUCCUGAAAAAGGAACGGGACACGCCGCCAGAAAAUCAGGGAAAUGCUGCUGCCAACCCAGGGGGCUUUCUCCACAGCAUGGGCAUUAAACAGGAACGAAUAAAUGAGCUUGAUUAUCGCAUGCCCCUCUAUGGCGGGAGUGCAGGAGUGCCUGUGAACUGUACCGGAGGGGGCGCGGGGAAGAGUGUUGAUAUGCCGGAAAUGUCAUACAGCAACCAUCACCAAAAUCACCAGAACAUGCUUCUUCAUGAUUUGAGCCUCGUAAACAUGCCUGGAAGAACAGAUAAAGAACCAAAAGGUUCCUCUGUCAGAAGAGGACGAAGAAGCAAUGGGGACGGACAAGGCAAACCUCGAAGGAAGCGCAACGAUCCUGCCAAGGCCCUGAUGUUAGAUCCAGAUGGAGCGUGUCUGUCUCCCAACUCCAAACCACAUAUCUGUGAGCAUUGUAACGCUGCUUUUCGCAGCUCUUAUCACUUGAGAAGGCAUGUGCUCAUACAUACAGGUGAGAGGCCUUUUCGAUGCAGUCAGUGUAACAUGAGCUUCAUUCAGAAGUACCUGCUCCAGCGGCACGAGAAGAUCCACAGUGGUGAAAAACCUUUUAGCUGUGACCAGUGUAACAUGCGCUUCAUCCAGAAGUACCACAUGGAGCGACACAAAAGGACACAUAGCGGCGAAAAGCCAUAUCGAUGUGACACCUGCCAACAAUUUUUCUCAAGAACAGACCGGUUACUGAAGCACAAACGGACUUGUGGAGAAGCCAUAAAGAAGGGCUUGGACCCAAACAUGCUGGAGCUCAGUGAGGCCGAACUAGGCCAGGGCAGCUAUUCACUCACUCAGGGAAACGCUACCACCUCUGGACGCAAGAGGGCCAAGUCGAAAAACGGAGAGACAGGUGAGCGCAAAAGGAAGAAGAAUGCUGCAGCAUCUGUGGCUGGAGUAUCUUCUACAGAUGGCAUGGGCUUUAGCAUGGAGCACCCGUCUGACUCUGCUGCGAUGCAUGGUCGCACUCCUAAACUGGUAUUUAAAAAAGCUGGCCGGAAGAGCCAGGAUAAAGGGCUGCUAUCUCUGGAAGAGAGCACUGAGGGACAGAAACUGUUAGACCAGAAGGCUGGCUCCAUGGAUCACAUGGAGGGCACAGGUCUGGAUAAUAUGAGCAUGCUACAAGGAACAGGGAGUACCAAGCAGGGUUCCACUACCACCAGCAACUACGAUGAUGCAAUGCAGUUUGUUAAAAAGAGGCGUUACCUCCACGCGGUCAGCAGUGAUUACGGAGCAGGGACACUGCACAUGGCAUCCCAAGCAGGAAGUGUCAUUCAGGGCUCCUUGGGCCCUGAGCCUACACUGGCCAUGUUGGACUCUCCUUUAGAGCUCAAGCAUGACAAAUCCGGCAUUCCAGACGAGGUACUCCAGAGCCUGUUAGAUCAUUAUAGCCAUAAGCCUGAAGCAGCACACCAUCACGACGUGACUUUUGACCUAUCAGACCAUCCUCAUCACGUAGACCUUCAGCCAGCAGCCCCAGUGACGCCGGAGCUGGAGGAUGAUGCAGCAAGUGGAGGCGAUAAGACGGCAGUGAUGAGUGAGUACUCAAAGUUCCUCCUGCAGGCCCUAGAGCGCACCAGCCACAGUGGGCCUUUCCCCAGCCUGGGCUCCUCAGGGCCUUUCCCUUUGCUGUCCAGCAGCUCCAGUCCUACGGGACCUCUUUUUUCAGACAAGCAUAUAUACACACAAUCUCCUCUAGAGUGCUAUCCUGCUGCCGUCUCUUCGCCACUCACUCUUGCCCCAUCCUCUGCUUCCUCCUCAUCCUCCUCCAAGUCCCAUUACGCCAUGCUGUCGUCCCAGGACAACUACCACCUCAGUCUGGACUCCAGUAGCCACCAGCAACUGACCCCGUCUCAGGAGCUGACUGAUCAGCUGGACAAGCAGCAUUCCCCUGGGGCCUUCAGCCUCCCUUCCCAAGACCUGACUGCCGUCCCAGAGAGCGCCAAAGGCCAGGCAGCCAAGACCGGGGCCAGCACUGCACCCACCAAUGGCUCCAGCUUCCCCGAGCUGUCCCCCCUCAAUGCCCCAAAAGAAACCACCUACCAGAUUGAGAAUUUCGCCCAGGCCUUUGGAUCGCAGUUCAAGACAGGGCGCCGGACCCCUCUGAGCUACGGGAGUGACCCAAGCACAGAGGUGGAUCCCCGAAUACAGACUCCAGAAUACUCAGGGUACAGCAGUUUGUUAGCUGAUGUAAGCGAGCCAGUCAGUACAGGAUCAAAAACCCAGACAAGCCAAAGUUUCAGAUAAGGGUCAAACAAGGUCCAACCAGGGUCCUGUUACUGUCCAUGUGGCCCCUUAACCAUCCUUAUUCUGUUUUUGUAGCAUUUUUUUAAACACUGCCAUCAAUUGUUAAUACAAAAUGACCAGGGAGGGUCUUUAUGGCCACAAAUGCAAUUUUUUAAAUAUUCAUUUAUCAUGUAUUUAGUGACCUAAUUUUAAAGAUUUGUGAUUUUGAUAUGAUCGUAAACUGUAGACUUUAAAUUUAAUUUAAAAUAUUAGAGGGUAGCUAUGAACUUGCAUUUGUUUCUGAACCCUUGUGUUUUACCAAUCAUCAUGCCAUUGUUAAGUAAUAAUGUUGAUCUCAAUAACACUUUUGGCAGGGAAAGGCCCAGAAGUCGAAUGGCAAAAAGUAUAUAUUGUCUGUUACGUAUUAACUCAGGAAAAAGGCAAGACUUUGUAUUGAGAUGCAAUUAGCACAGUUUUUACAUGUGUACUUUGACUACAAAGCUUUGAUUUUUUGGUGUUGCUUUUUGAAUUUGCAAGGUCAAAAUACAGGAUUGUUCACUUUCAGUUGCGUGUAUUGUCAAGAUUAUGGUACUGUUGUCAUAGUGAAAACUUCUGUAAUAAUUCUGAGGGCUAUUUUACAUGCUGAACUGGUGAAUUAAACCCACAGUGCAUAGUUGACAUAUUGUGGUGUGCCAUCGUAAAGAAUCAUGCUCAACCACUGGCUACCAAUUCAUGAAACAUGAAAUAGUUCCAACAAAUUUCAUAACUUUUAGCUGUUUCUGUUUGUCAAAGGAAUCAAACAAGCACUUUUAAAACAAAUAACAAAUCAUUUUUGGAAAUUACAUGAACUGAACAAUUAGCAUACAGGACUAUUAUGCUUAUGAUUAUUUUAAAAGGAAAAAACUGUGAAUGGGUUUGGGUGUUGUGGGAGGGUCUUGGGAGGAAGGGGGGAUACGGGGCAUGGGUUUUGAUAGCAAGGGUGUAGGAUUGACUAUGGGCAUUUAAAUGUAUUUUUGUUUUCAAUGGUAUAUAGAGGGAGGGUAUAUGGGAGGGAUGUUUUAUUUUGUCCGGUUUAUCGGGUUGUAAAAAUAAUUUGCCAUAAUUUUGUGAUACAAUAUUUGAAAAGUACCUCUUUGUAUUUAGUUUUUCUAAGAGACAGGCUGACAUGCUGGGCUUUGUUGAAUCUAAAUCCGGGCAUAUGUUGGAUGCAUACACUCAUACCCCUUUUAUUUAUUCCCCUCAAUCCAAACAGAUGUACUGUAGCAGACAGUUUUGGCAAGUAAUUAUUACCGGACCUGAACAGGUUUAGUUCCUCUUUUUUUUUUUUUUUUUUUUUUUUUAUCACAUCACUGCAAAAAGUUAUUUCACUUGCUUAGAAAAUAUAACUUGUGCAUUUUUCCUCUCCAAAAUGUAUGCCUCCUCACAAGAAUAAACAAUGGCCUUCUUUGUCUUCCAUGGCUGAAGCCACUCUAUCCCGAGCAGUCAGGGUUGAUAUUUAAUUUAGUCGAUUUCCUGUGAGCGUUUCCUCAAACUUCCCGGGGCCACGUCUGUUAGCACCACAGCCAAGAGACUUUGAAGCUGCUUAGAUCACAGGGAACCAAGACUGACCAGCCACUCCGCGCCAACACUAUGCUUUUUGGAAAAAAAAAACAAGACUGACCUUAAUAUACCUCAUAUCACUAAAGCGUAAGAAGCAGGGACAUGCAUUUCAUGUAUGUAGUGGACAUAUUUGUAGUAUAGAUUUGACAUAUUGUAUAAUCUUUUUAACACUGCUUGUGUUUACAUCUAUAGAGCAACAACUCCGCAACGUAUUAUUUGUUGUGAUGUAAAAAAAACAAACAAAAAAACAUUCACGCUAAGCAGUGUUGCAUCUAGAUGCCUCAUAGAACAAUUUUUCUCAUGUUAUAUCCUUUAUUUUUAUUGCCAUAAUGUGUUUUUGUAUGAUCUUUAGAAGGAUAUUGUUUACAUAAAUGUACAAAAAAACACUAAAAAUAUGUCUCAAGUUUUGAGUUCCUCCAGUAUGCAUGAUAAGACAUUUUUGUAUGGCUUUUUCUGACUUGUUGCCUCAAUACCAAAUUUUGUAGCAGAAGUCACUCCCUUCUGUUUUAGAACUCCCUUUGUGAUAUGAUUUCCCAGGCUUUACUUGUUAUUGAGAAGAUGAACGGAUUAGAGAAGCCAAUAAAUUUUUUGUUACAAAA